CACUCAAAUUACACUCGUUUGCUUUGUCAUCGAAUAGAAUGGUUUAAUUUAAGUUUCACGGCUCGACAUUCCUAUAGAAUUCGUCGACAAAUAUAGUUUCGGUGUCGCAAACUCAGCAUACGUUCCGAAAACGGGACUGUGAAAAAUUUCAUAAGCGAAACCAGAGCUCGAUGGGCUCAAAUGAAGAUCUGCCUCUUUGAACAAAAUGUAGAGUAAGUUCUCUACACAGGUUUUUCUUUUGACAUAAGUUGACAUAUUUUCUUUCUAAUGCAUUGUUUCUCUCCUUUUUUUUUUUCGAAUUUCCUAAUUGUUUGUGUAGUAUAUCCAAUACUCAAAGAAUAAAGAGUCAAACAAGAACACGAAUCUUGGGUUCUCUGAUAUUUUCCACCGCUCUGAAUUGUUGCAAGGGCCAUGUGGAAGGAGAAAAAAGGUGGUGGACGGUAAAUAGAAUGGUCGAGUGAAACUCGAUUGGAUUCCAAGACCAGAAAGCUCUGGGAGGACCAGACCGCCACAUGGAUACUAAUUACAGAGCAAACAUCAGCAAGUGGCUGCCGCCUCCUGGUGGCAUCCUGGUGAAAUGGUUCGCAGAGUCCUCGACGCUUAACGAGAGAAUGGGCAACCUCGUGGAACGCAUAGCCUUAAUCAUCCAGGACAUUACAGACGCACAGGCUUGUGAUCUCGAGGGGUACAAAGGUGUCGCAAAGGACCUGGAGGAAGUGACCAAACAGUACACGUCGGUCUGCUCGGUUACCCUCAGCAAGCAUCCGAUAUACAAGUACAAGAUGCGCCAUUUUCUGACUGCGUUGAAGCGAAAGGUGAACGUGCUGGCCAGAUUCACUCGCAAUCUAAUCACAGAGAUCGUCGAUUGCAAGAGCGAGGAGCUGCUCAGAGUCAUCUUCAGACUAGUCAACAUUUACAACGACAUUCUGGACAUGGACAUCGACGUCUCAGAUCCAUCAACAACCGUGUUCCAUAACGACAGUCCUUACAUGCUGGAACCACUGAAGAAGAUGUCCGUCACGCGAAUAUUGCAGAUUCUGGCGAAAAAUAGAGCGGAGGAGUCCUGUCACGAGCUAAUCGAUUGCCUCCUAGCGAAUUACGAGCCUCGCGAAAAAGAUGAUCCUGGCGAGGCUGGUGACGGGGAGGCUUCAGAGAAUUCCAGCGUCGAGAUCUAUCGGUUGGUCCUCGGUUUAAGUCCCCGUCGAUCCUCUUUUUUUUUUCUCUCUUUUUUUUUUUUUAAACGGAACUCUGUUCUCGACGGUAUUGUUCUUGGCUCACCACCGUUCGUGUUUUACGAAGAAUUGAUUCGCAGAGCCCUCACGAGACACUUAACGCCGCCAGUCGAGAGCGCCUCGUCGAGGGUCGAGAUGGAGAUGUCGAACGUCGAAAGCAUCCAGACUCUGGUCAACACUCAGAACGAGCAAGUCCUCAGGCUUUUAAGCGUCGUGCAGGACGUUUCGCCGCGGCUGUUGGGCAACGACGCGCUGAGGACCGUCAAAGAUGGCGGCAAGACGAAACUAAGGAGCAGCGCGAUGAAGAAGGUGAAGAAUUACUACCAAGAGGUUGCCUGGGGCGCGUUGUCCGGCAUCUUGGACCACGUGAUCCUUUGGUGGUCCCCGGAAGCACUGGCCACUCAUCACAGCCACGGGGCGCAGCAUCUAAAGGAUUGGCUCAGUCAAUUCGUUCAAAGAAACCCUGUCCCUCCAACCGUGAGACCAGCGCUGCAAAAUCUCUGCGACGCUCUAGGCUACCAUGCCACGAUCACAGCCUGGGACCAGCUCUUCAGGUUGGCUUACACUUCGGCGUUUCGGUGCCGGUCGGGGGCUUCGUCCUCAGAGGGUAGCGACACUGGCCAGAAAUUCGCGGAGUUGUUCCAGCUGUUGGUCAGGCUGAGCAACGAGUGCGAGGCAGGUGGCGAGUGGGUGAUAGGCGCACCGUUGAUGGAGUUGCCUCUGUCGGAACAGAUUGUGGUUCUCCAUCGUUUGGACCACUCGGUGCACACGGUGAGGCUGUGGAUCUUGCAAGAGGCGAAGAUCAUUGCUCAUACGUGGGAGCUGGACGUGUUCUUCCUCCUGGUCAAGGGUGACAUCGUCAACUGCCUCGAGGAGCUAUCCUAUUUAAAGUUAGCUGACCACACGAAUGCGCUGUCCGCGGACUCCGUCAGCGUUCAAGUGUACGUCUGCGGGAAAAUGAGAGGAAAAAUUGUGUCCGAGGUCAACGCUAACGUAGAUCUCCUGCGGAAGUGUUCCACGCAGUGUACAACGAUUCUCGCGAAAAUCUGUCGCGUGGUCAGUCUGGCGAACCUGCACAUGUGCUUUCCACGGUCGAGCUACUGGAGGAAAGGAAGCGACGUUGCUCCAAUCGCCGCCAGUCUCUACGUGGAAGUCUAUUUCGAAAAAGUGCUGCUCCCGGUGCUGGAAGUCAUCGAGGAUCACGAGACAUCCAACAUGAUCUUGAGAAUCAUGUGCGAAGCUUGGCUCGAUUACAUAUAUCUGCAUCGAAUUAAAUUCAGCAAGUACGGAGCACUCCAGUUGCUAACAGACUUCGCCUACGUGUCGCAGUGGGUGACGAGCUGCACGAUAAUCUCUCAAGACGUACGAAAUCGUCUCCUGAAGAACGAAGUCCUGCGACGCUGCGAGGGCGUGGGACGCCUGCUGCUGCGACACCCUGGCGAGGCUAUUUCUAUGCGCAAACGAUUGACCAGGAGAACCAACGAGCGUGGCUCGCCCGAAUCGCCUGGACUGGAACGCAUGCCAGCGGAGAUGUACGUUCCGAAUCAGGAACAGUGGCUGGAGCUUCGCGCUUCCAGGAGAUACAUCUUUUGUUGCACGGAGUGAAGAGGAGGAGAAAUAUUGGCGAAUACGAUAAAAGAACCAACGGGGAAAGAAACUGCGUAAACGAGGAGCGACGGAUGUCAGAGGGUGUUAUUGUUUCGCGCGAUAUUUUAAAUAGGAUUCUUUUCAAACGCCACAAGUGUGUCUCGCGUGAAUGGGUGGGGAUGUGGCUUCAGGUAACUCUAAACCAGACUCGUUUCCAUAAGAUGACACACUUCAAACCCUCCAACCGAAGCCUAAGCCCAGUCCGUCUCGAUCGCGACUCGCCGAUGAAAUCUGUAGAGGAAGGA